CAGCAAGGAUACACAGUGCAUUAAACACAUGGGAAUUUCCUGACAACUCGUAAACAUGGAUGACAUGCAAGGAAGGAGGUUAAGUGAUUCAAUGUCAUCUCUAUCGGGUGAAGGAAGUCCAAGUUUUGAGCAACCAAGUUUCAACACAUCCGAACGUGAAGGUUUGAAUAAUGGAAGAAAGAAGCGUCGGCUGGAUGAUUCCGGAUUGGAAUGGGACACGCUUGAGAAGCCAGCCAAGAAGAUGGCUCUGGAGGCUGAAUUUGAUAUGGCAGACAAAGCUAAGCGGAUGAUGGAAAAAAUGGGUUACAAGAAGGGUGCUGGUUUGGGAAAACACGGUCAAGGACGUUUGGAGCCGGUUGAAGCUUCCCAGCAGAAAGGACGCAGAGGUUUGGGUCACUAUAAUGAAAAGUUAAAAGAGGCCAAUCUUCGGUGGGAUCCCAGCAAGGAGGAAAUACUUAUAGAGGAAGAAAUCAAUUGGUUAAUGAACACCAAAGAGCCACCGUGCAUCAAAGAUCUAAACGAUUGGAUAAAAAUUGGACCAACAAAGAGAACGAUAGAGGACGAGACUUUGUACUGCGAUGCAGCAGUUGUAUCAGGAGUGGUAGGCUCGAAAUCAGUGUUCGACAAUUUGGACAAAAACGAAAUGAGACGAGCGCGAACGAGAUCGAACCCUUUUGAAACGAUUCGUGGUUCAAUAUUCCUCAACAGAGCUGCUGUGAAGAUGGCGAAUAUGGACAGAGCCUGCAAUUUCUUGUUCACCGCCCCAACGACAUUGAAAUCCAACGAGCUCUUGUAUUUUGCUGAUGUUUGCGCUGGUCCCGGUGGUUUCAGCGAGUAUGUGCUAUGGCGGAAGAAGUGGCAUGCCAAAGGUUUUGGCUUCACAUUACGAGAGUCGAAUGAUUUCAAGCUGGAAGAUUUCUAUGCGGGUUCACCGGACACUUUUCAUCCGUUUUAUGGUCCCAAAGGUGACGGAGAUGUUUACAAUCCGGAAAAUCAAGAGGCAUUCAGACAAUUGAUCAUGCGACAAACGCAUGGAAAUGGUGUCCAUUUCAUGAUGUCCGAUGGUGGUUUUUCGGUUGAGGGAGAAGAGAGCGUGCAGGAAAUACUAUCGAAACAGCUGUACCUUUGUCAGUGCCUUGUUGCGUUAAUGAUUGUUCGUGAAAAAGGACAUUUCGUAACAAAAUUAUUUGACAUCUUCACUCCCUUUUCCGCGGGUCUCGUUUACAUAAUGUCUCGAUGUUUCGAAAGCAUUUCCAUAUUCAAACCGAACACAUCGAGACCAGCUAAUUCCGAGCGUUAUCUCAUUUGCAACGGGAAACAAUCGAACGUGACGGACGUGAUUGAAUAUCUUUCACGCGUUAAUCGUAUCUUGUUGAACCAGGACAAGAGUCGAGACGUUAUGCAACUCGUGCCCCAUGAAAUCCUGGAGGAAGACGAAGAAUUUUUCAAAUACUUGAAAAAUUCAAACGAAGUUCUCGGCCGACGACAAAUCGUCGGACUCCUCAAAAUCGCUGCUUUUUGCGAAGACACUACUCUCAUGGAGAAUCGACAAGCUGAGAUGAGAAAAAAGUGCCUCGAAUAUUGGGGAUUGCCUGACACGAGUCGUACUAUUCCUCGGAUAAGCGCACCCGGAGAACGCUUGAAAGUUAUCACGCAAAAUUCAACCAUGAGUUUUAUGACGACUAAACCCGAGAUACUCAAGACUUCGAAUCUUCACAAAUUAUUGAAUGUACAUUACGAUUGGUUCUGUAUGCUCUGCGAUUCUUCCGGUCAAAUCAACGACAAAUCCGCUACUUUCUAUAUUGGAAUGGGCAAAUCGAAUUCUUAUCGUUACGACAACGGUACUUGGAUCAGAGUUCCAAAUCUUCAUUUAUCCCCCGACACCCUCGUUUUUGCUGAGCUUGUCACAGAAUUACGAGGCGAAUACACCCAGCAGAGGAGAACGAGUGCUCUUCACAUUCUCGACUCUUAUUUUCUGGGAGGCGAGGACGUUAGUCAAAAGUACAUCGAAGAGAGGUACAGAUUGACAAAGUUGUACACCGAGGCUCUCUGGAAACCGAUGAACGGUGAAUGGAUUCGCGUAAGAGCGAAAGAAUUGCAUCCAUUGACGGAGAAUCUCGAGGAAAGGUUUAAUCUUCAGCUUCGUACGUUGAAAAAAGGUGGUCAAGUGUUAACGCACGUACCAUCGCGAGAUGACACCCAUUACGAAGACACCGACGACCCUUAUUUCAUAGUUCCGAAAAGCGUUGUAUUUUUUAAGAGCACUGCACUUUAUUGGUCUCGACAUGUCAGUCAAUCUUCUGGUUACCCUUAUUAUUACAAUUGGAAGGACAAGAGGACGCUCUACGACAAGGACAAGCCAGCAUGCGCGGAUGCUUCUUUCGCGGAAUCGUUUGAAAACCGUAUUGUUUGGUGUUGGCCGCCAGAUCCGGCCUUGACGAGAGAAAGUUUAUUUGAGAUGAUCCGUAACAAGUGCGUGCGACCUGUGAAUAGAUAAUUUUAUAUUUAGAAUAAUUUUAUAUUUAGAAAUUUUAUUUUAUAAAUGUGUACAUUACGUACACAUUUAUGUGAUGAAAAUCAUGAGAUCAUUAAAAUACUAUGUAAAUAAACAAAAUCUAGUAUUUAUCAGUAGAUUAUCGUGCGACUAGAAUGUCAAGCGCGUUUGGCCAUAUUUUUUUCGUAUAUAGUUCAAUGGCCUCUGUACAUACACUAAACUUCGCAUUAGGGAUUAGAUAAUUACAAAAUUGUGAACGAUGCGUUUGACGAUACUGUGAAAUUUAUUUUUUUUUAAAUUUUUUCUUUAAUUUCUUGGAUUCCUCAUAGAACAAUUGAGAGUAAUUAAUUUUGAGUAUUUCUCUUCUCUCUGACGUGUAGCUUUAAUUGGAUGACAAUUCGUAGAUCUCGUUAAUCGAUACGUGGAAUGAUCAUCAUAUAAUAAGAAAAUUAAGAAGAAUGAAGGACUAAAACAAAACCUUGCAAAUCUUGACGUUUGCAAGUCCGGUUGUUUACUUUUGGAAAGCUGUGUAAAAAGCUUUCGUAUUUCCGCCUUCAUCAUGCGUGACAGUGAUAUUUUUUAGUCAGUGCGCAUUAUUGAAUAAAGAUAUGUUGGAAAAUCUUGGAAGAUGUGUCGGAAGUUCACGAAGCGAAUAAAUUGUGAAGUUCUAAAGGAAAUAAAUUCGAAAAGAUGAAAUUUUAGAAGAAUUCCUAUUUAUAUUGAGUCGUCAAAAACUCUCAAUGAAUCAAAUCGUUGUUGUUCUCUCAGAGUAAAACGAAGACAGAAAAUUUUUGCCUUUCAGAAUUCCACGACUUACUCGCGUCGUCAAUAUUUUUGGCUCUUGUUUUUAGAGAUACUGAAUAUACUAGUAGUACGAUCGUUAUCGGGCUGUGAUAAUACAUGAAAUUAAAGAAGAAAAGGUCUGGCUUGUUUAUAUACUACAUUUUAUGGGGGCGAAUUGUAUUAAAGUAUAAAUAAACGAUGAUUUAUCAAGGAGCAAUAACAAA